GAGCGGCGCGGCGCUGUAGUCUAGCGUCACUUCCGCCACCGCAAUGGCGGCGCAGGGGGCAGCUGCGGCAGUUGCCGCAGCGACUUCGGGGGUCGUGGGAGAGGGCGAGCCCGGCCCUGGGGAAAAUGCGGCGGUCGAGGGAGCCGCCCCAUCCCCGGGCCGCGUCUCCCCGCCGACGCCAGCACGCGGCGAGCCUGAAGUUACGGUGGAGAUCGGAGAAACGUACCUGUGCCGGCGGCCGGACAGCACCUGGCAUUCUGCGGAAGUGAUCCAGUCUCGCGUGAAUGACCAGGAGGGCCGAGAGGAGUUCUAUGUACACUAUGUAGGCUUUAACAGGCGACUGGACGAAUGGGUAGACAAGAACCGGCUGGCACUGACCAAGACAGUGAAAGACGCGGUGCAGAAGAACUCAGAAAAGUACCUGAGUGAGCUGGCUGAGCAGCCUGAGCGCAAGAUCACUCGCAACCAAAAGCGCAAGCACGAUGAGAUCAACCAUGUCCAGAAGACUUACGCGGAGAUGGACCCCACCACAGCAGCCCUGGAGAAGGAACACGAGGCGAUCACCAAGGUGAAGUACGUGGACAAGAUCCACAUCGGGAACUACGAGAUCGACGCCUGGUACUUCUCGCCGUUCCCCGAAGACUACGGGAAGCAGCCCAAGCUCUGGCUGUGCGAGUACUGCCUCAAGUACAUGAAGUACGAGAAGAGCUACCGCUUCCACUUGGUGAGGCCGGCUGUGCGGGGCGGAGGGGCGCGUGGAGGCCCAGGGCAGCUGAGCAUGGGGCACGCAGCCCGGGGGAGACAGGCAGGCUCAGAGGGGUCAGUACAGCGGGGGCCCAAGGGUGGGGAGGUCUAGGUUCCUGGCUUUGCU